CAUAUUUUGCAGCUAUAUGAAAAAAGCUUAUGUUAUCUAUGGACUGUUACAUCACUUCAUCGAAUUCGGAAUUUGAGAUUUAAUUUUCCGAUUGCAUUCUAGGUUUUCUACUGUGCAUUUCCAUUUUCAAAAGCUCAUAAAAAAAACAAAAUGAGCGCCUGGAGACAAGCAGGUCUUAAUUACAUAAACUACUCCAACAUUGCUGCUAAAAUUUUGCGGCGAUCUUUAAAACCAGAAUUACGAACAGAGGCAUUACGGCGAGAUGAUUCUCACGUUCGUAUCACACCGUGGACUGACGGCAGGCCAGCACAUGAAAAGGAUUAAGUUAUUAUUUAAAAAGCAAAGCUGCCUAGAUGAUUACAAUUUUUGAAAAUUCAAGAAAAUC